UCUGUGUUGGACCAGAGAAUGUGGAAGGUUGUGUGGGCAGCACUGCUGCUUCUGGCCACUGUGUGUGUCCAGAGAGGCUAUACCAAGGAGGCCAAGGGAGCACAGAGCCUAGGUCAUGUGUCAGUGGUCAUAGUGGGAGGUACAGGUGACUUGGCGAAGAAGUACCUGUGGCAGGGCUUCUUCCAUCUGUACGCUAACCAGGUCAGUAGCGGCUACAGCUUCUCCUUUUAUGGCGGAGGCCUGUCGCCCAACGAUAAGGCCACGCCGAUCCUGUUCGAAGUGCUGAAGGGAGUGGUCUGUCCUCGGGAGUUGUCUGUGGAGCGCUGUGCCCUGGUGAAGGAGCAGUUCCUGAGGCUGGCUGAGUAUCGGCAGUUGAAUACUUCAGAGGACUACCAGGCCCUGGGCAAACACCUGACAGAGCAGCUGAGGCAGGAGAGCAUAGUGGAGGCCGGCAGGCUGUUCUACCUGUCAGUGCCAGCCUUCGCUUAUGCGGACAUUGCAGAAAAGAUCAACAACAGCUGCAGGCCGACUGACGGGGCGUGGUUGAGGGUGGUGCUGGAGAAGCCAUUUGGCCAUGAUUUCAGUAGCGCCCAACUCCUGUCCACUCAACUGGGUGCCUCCCUCAAAGACAACGAGAUGUACAGGAUCGACCACUAUUUAGGGAAACAGGUUGUCUCUAAGAUUUUGCCAUUCAGAAGGGAGAACAGCAAGCAUCUGAAUCUUAUCUGGAACAGGCACCACAUUGAGACCGUAGAAGGAGAACUGAAGGAGACCCUGGAUGCCAAAGGUCGCAUCUCCUUCUAUGAACAGUAUGGCGUGAUCAGGGACGUGAUACAGAACCACCUGACUGAGGUCAUGACCCUUCUGACCAUGGAGCUCCCAUCCAACCUGAGCAACACUAAGGAAGUCCUCAAGAACAAGCUGAAGAUCUUCAGUGCCUUGCAACGCCUGGACAGGAACUGUGCUGUCAUUGGUCAGUACCAGGCCUACAAUGCAGAGGUACAGGAAGAACUGAGCAAAACAAGGGAACACUUUAGCCUCACCCCCACCUUCGCCGGUAUAAUGGUGCACAUUGACCUAGCCCAGUACGAGGGCAUGCCAGUCAUUCUGACCUCAGGGAAGAUGCUGGAUGAGCGCGUAGGCUACGCUCGCAUUCUGUUCAAGAAUGACAUCUUCUGUAUCCAGAGCCACAGCAGCGUCCACUGCAAGCCCAAGCAGAUUGUGUUCUCCUUUGGUCACGGCACUCUGCAGUACCCAGCCAUUCUCGUGAGUAAGAACCUGUUCAAGCCAGACCUGAUGGACACUGAGUGGAAGGAGGUAACAGAACACAAAGAUGUCAGUGUAUUAGGUUUGCCCAUCUCAGACUACUACGUGCUGACGCCAACGGUGGAGAGGGAGGCUUACGCAGAACUCAUUUUGCACAUCUUCCAAGGCCGGAAGGACAGCUUUAUCAGUGCUGAGAACCUGCUGGCCUCCUGGAGUUUCUGGACACCUCUCCUGCAGAGCCUGGCCGACACCUUUCCCCGCCUGUAUCCCGGGGGAGCGGACAAUGGAAACAUGCUGGAUUUCAAACUGUUGGGACGGAAGGUGACCUUCGCCAAUGAGGCACUGGUCAUGGUCACCCAGGACCACAUGGGCGGGUCUGGGAGGGAGAGCUUCCAGGUGAUGCAGGGGAAGUACCGCAGCGCUGACAUGGUGUCUGCCUGGCCCGAGGAGCUCAUCGUGCGGCUGGCCGCAGACCUGCAGGUUGCAGCGGAGAACGCUGUAAGGGAGGGCGGACGCUUCCACCUUGCCCUCUCCGGGGGCUCCAGUCCCCUAGCUCUGUUUCAGAGGCUGGCCCGUCAUCACUACUCCUUCCCCUGGAGGGACACCCACGUGUGGAUGGUGGACGAGCGAUGCGUGCCUCUCACAGAGUUGGACUCCAACUUCCGCACCCUGCACGACCACCUGCUCCAACACGUGAAGAUGUCCUACUUCAACAUCCACCCCAUGCCGGUGCAGAUGAACCAGCGGCUGUGUGUGGAGGAGGAUAGUGGAGCGCUGCUCUAUGAGAGCGACAUCACCCAGUUGGUUAAUGCUUCCAGCUUCCACUUUGUCCUGCUGGGAGUGGGCUACGACGGUCACACUGCCUCUCUGUUCCCAGGCAGCAAACUAGAUGCAAGUGGGAACAGUCUAGUAGCCUUCACCGAGAGCCCAGCCAAGCCUCACCAGCGUAUGAGCCUCACCCUCAAGGCUAUCAACCAGGCCCAGAAAGUAGGUGUGCUGGUGAUGGGUAAGAGCAAACAUGAGCUGGUCACUCAGCUCAGUCGAGUCAAGGACAACCCAAAACAUUGGCCCAUCACUGGGAUCCGGCCGACCAGUGGCAGGCUAGUAUGGUACAUAGACUAUGAUGCUCUUUUAGGAUAGGGAAUACUGUAGCAAUGAAAUUAUGUGGAUUAAAUUAAUGAUUUGCUGUAGUUUUACUCUUUUGCUGUAUUUUGACCAAGAAUGUAAAGAUAAAGUUCUGUUGAUUCCGUGCACCUUACUUAAAGUUGAAGGUAGAUGUGGUAUAUAUUUUCUUUUUCAAUAUACAAGAUGUAGGGGUAACGUGGUGUGUGUGUGAUGCACUCAUGUAUUUUAAAGAAGUAUGAUUUUUUUUAUCUCAGGAAAGCAAAGUGGAUAUGGAAGUUUGUUGUUCAGAUAAGGAAUCAUUAUUAAAAGACUAACUAUAUUUUAUAUAGUUGUAAAAACAGUACAUUUUCUCAUAAAGCUACCUGUUCCCCACUGUACCAGCAUAGAAUAUGAUUGUUAAAAGGGGAUUUUGAACUGUGAAAGGCCAAUAAUUUAGGUAAAAAUGAAUGAUCAACAGAAAAAUGUAUUUAUAUAGCCCUUCUUACAUCAGCUGAUAUCUCAAAGUGCUGUACAGAAACUCAGCCUAAAACCCCAAACAGCAAGCAAUGCAGGUGUAGAGGCACGGUGGCUAGGAAAAACUCCCUAGAAAGGCCAAAACCUGUACUGUCCAGUACAUUAAAUUACCACAAAGCACAUUCUGAUCCAUUGCUGCUUUUGUUUUAAUCAGUGCUCGUGAAUUCAAAAAACUAAAAUGAUGAUCAAAUGUAUUACGUGGUAUCUAUGUAAAAUGUCCACAGCCUUUGACCCGAAUGGGUGCAAUUUUCCCUAUAAGCCUGCACAGUACUUCCUUACUUUCUUUUAAUGUGAGAAAGUGAAAUGGUGCUUGUAUGUGGUUUUAGAAGUUGUGACAUUCCAAAUACUUUUUAAAUAGAUUUAAAAGGUUGAAUUAAGGUUGAUGAAGGUUGGUCGAACCUCUUCACUACUUGUACCUUAAUUAAGGUCUGGAAGCUCCACGUAUACAUUUAAGGUCAUUUCCGAUUGAGCUGACACAUGUAGCAUUUACCGUGAAUACAGUCUCAGUGAUCCCGGGAACUUUGCCUUUUAUCAUUUCUAUUGAGUUAUAAUUCAGAUCUUCUGCGAUACGGAUGGAAUCCAGCCCUAUUUAUACAAAGAGGUGUAUGUUGGGGCGGCAAGAUAGCCUAGUGGUUAGAGCGUUGGACUAGUAACUGCAAGGUUGCAAGUUCGAAUCCUCAAGCUGACAAGGUACAAAUCUGUCGUUCUGCUCCUGAACAGGCAGUUAACCCACUGUUCCUAGGCAGUCAUUGAAAAUAAGAAUUUGUUCUUAACUGACUUGCCUAGUAAAAUAAAGGUCAAAUUAAUUAAUGUUUAAUAUACUUAUUUAUAGUGCUUGUGAAAAGGUUUCAAUUUGAUUUUUGUAGAUACAAGGUUCUAUCUGACAUUUUGGUAAAAAAUGUGUUAGUCACAUAUAAUUGAUCUUCAGAUGGUUCUUCAUGUGCCUGUGAAGUUCGAUUUUUGAAAAAGUUAAGUUAAAAUUGUUUUUAUAUAUAUACAGUACCAGUCAGAAGUUUGGACACACCUACUCAUUCCAGGUUUUGUUUUUAUUUGUACUAUUUUCUACAUUGUGGAAUAAUAGUGAAGAUGUCAAAACUAUGAAAUAACACAUAUGGAAUCAUGUUGUAACCAAAAAAGUAUUAAACAAAGCUUCUUCAAAGUAUCCAGCCACCCAUUGCCUUGAUGACAGCUUUGCACACCCUUGGCAUUCUCUCAACCAGCUUCAUGAGGUAGUCAUCUGGAAUGCAUUUCAGUUAACAGGUGUGCCUUGUUAAAAAUGAAUUUGUGGAAUUUCUUUCCUUCUUAAUGCGUUUGAGCCAAUCAGUUGUGUUGUGACAAGGUAGGGAGGGAAUACAGAAGAUAGCCCUAUUUGGCAGAAGUCCAUAUUAUGGCAAGAAUAGCUCAAAUAAGCAAAGAGAAACGACAGUCCAUCAUUACUUUCAGACAUGAAGGUCAGUCAAUCCGGAAAAUUUCAAGAACUUUGAAAGUUUCUUGAAGUGCAGUUGCAAAAACCAUCAAGCGCUGUGAUGAAACUGGCUCUCAUGAGGACCGCCACAGGAAAGGAAGACCCAGAGUUACCUCUGCUGCAGAGGAUAAGUUCAUUAGAGUUACCAGCCUCAGAAAUUGUAGCGCAAAUAAAUGCUUCACAGAGUUCAAGUAACAAACACAUCUCAACAUCAACUGUUCAGAGUAUACUGCAUGAAUCAGGCCUUCGUGGUCAUAUUUCUGCAAAACAAAACACUACUAAAGGACACCAAUAAUAAGAAGAGACUUGUUUGGGCCAAGAAACAUGAGCAAUGGACAUUAGACAGGUGGAAAUCUGUCCUUUGGUCUCAUAAAUCUUAAUUUGAGAUUUUUGUUUCCAACCGCUGUGUCUUUCUGAGACACAGAGUAUGUGCACGGAUGAUCUCUGCAUGUGUGGUUCCCACCAUGAAGCAUGGAGGAGGAGGUGUGAUGGUGUGGGGGUGCUUUGCUGGUGACACUGUCAGUGAUUUAUUUAGAAUUCAAGCCACACUUAACCAGCAUGGCUACCACAGCAUUCUUCAGCGAUACGCCAUCCCAUCUGAAUUGCUUUUAGUGAGACUAUCAUUUGCUUUUCAACAGGACACUGAGCCAAAACACUGAGAUAAACACAUCUCUGGGCUGUGUAAGGGCUAUUUGACCAAGAAGGAGAGUGAUGGAGUGCUGCAUCAAAUGACCUGGCCUCCACAAUCACCUGACUUCAACCCAAUUGAGAUGGUUUGUGAUGAGUUGGACCACAGAGUGAAGGAAAAGCAGCCAACAAGUGCUCAGCAUAUGUGGGAACUCCUUCAAGACUGUUGGAAAGGCAUUCCAGGUAAAGUUGGUGGAGAGAAUGCCAAGACUGUUCAAGCUGUCAUCAAGGCAAAGGGUGGCUACUUUGAAGAAUCUAAAAUCUAAAAUAUAUUUUGAUUUGUUUAAUACUUUUUUGGUUACGACAUGAUUCCAUAUGUGUUAUUUCAUAGUUUUGAUGUCUUCACUAGUAUGUAGAAAAUAGUAAAAAUAUAGAAAAACCCUUGAAGGAGUAGGUGUGUCCACACUUUUGACUGGUACUGUACAUAUAAGUUCUAUCUGCAUAAACCCAUUUGAACUUGGCACUAUAAGGUUCUUUCUGCAAUCCAAUAACUAAACCUGAACAAAUACAGACAGACCAAACAGAACACGUCUUUGACAUUUCCCUCUAAGUAUGGUCUAGCCAGCAAUAACGGCACGGCAGCAAAAAGCAAACCUGUCAGUAAUCAUUAAGUAAGUCAUUUAUCUAAUCAUAAUACCUGCGUAAUGUAUUUGGUGAUGUCUUCUGAGUCUAUCAUUUACGUAUUCAAAUAGCUACAGUUAGAACCUUAUAGUCCCAUUGUCUCGAAAUGUUGUAGCACUUAAUCAUUCUCAAUGUUGUAAGUUAGUCGUCACCAACCGGUCAAUCGCUUUCUCCAAGCGGAUCUCCAAGGCAUUCCUAGUUGACCACUAAACACUUCUGUGAGGUGCUGCGUAGAAUUUUUGUCUGACAAGUAUUUUUCGUUGCUCGUACAGGAGUAAUAAUUUGUUGAAAAAAAUAUCUUAUCAGGGGGUACUGCAGCAUCCUCAGCACCCGUACUUCCCGUGGCUAUGUAUAGACCUACCACUGGCCAAUCAGAUAGCUCAGACCACCAUGUCUGCACAGCUUCCUCAAGCCUAGACUGUAAAAGAAGCCUUGAACGCACAGCAAAGUUGAUACUGAGAUUUCAAAAACUAAGACUAGAGAGAGACUCAAUGAAUACACCAAAAAGCUUCUGAUUUUACAAGUAAGUUUGUGUUUAAGUUGUUAUUCAGUACUGUCAACACUUUGUUCAACACUUUUAUAAGCCAUAAAAUGUGCAUUCUCCCUAGUUCCACUCACGCUACAUCAGCACUGCAGCUGGAAUGAAUGAGUAGCAAAGUGUUUCGAUAAACAUCCGUUGUUAUUAUUAGUGGCUUGUCUUUUUUAAUAUCGAGAAAUAUUUCACUUUCUCUGGACAAUGUCAUAGGAGUAACAACAUGAAUUGGUGCAUGAGGCAGAAAUAAUGAAGUGCUACUUGAGUUUCGCCAUCGGCUGGAAGGCUGUCUCCUUUUCUCAGCGGAGGGAGGGAGAGUGGAGGGGUGGUUGGUCAGGUGAGGCAACCUACCUGCUGCUCCAUCCCACCCCUCAGACUGACCAUCAGUCCAGUAAAAAAAGCUAAUUAUUAUGCUCCAUCGUCUGUGCCUCACAAGUAAUACAACAAAUGAUCUAUUACUAGUGUGAUCAUAUACUAUUUUUUCAAUAUCAUUUCAAAAUGGUCUGAGAAGAACAACAUUGGCAGGGCAAAUUCAAGCAGAGCCAAUAUGCAGUGAUAAUGUAUUGGGCCUAUAGCCUACUGCACAAACCUCAUUGCUGCAUAACUUUUUAAAAUUGGUUAAUGUUGAUCUCGGCUUGCAUUUUGACUCAGAAAGUGAUCUUGACUCAGAAACGGUUGGUGACCACUGUUGUAAGUCAAAGUGUAGUUUGUUCCGUAUCACUUGAGGUUCAAAAAGGUUAUGAAUGAAGGAUUCGCUAAUGUUAUUUUUUUUACAUCGGUGGACCGAACACCACUUUUCUACAUACUGUACAAAAUGGAAUUAUUGUAACACGUAGUCACUAUUUAAACACAAGGAAAUAAACUACAGCUUUCACAGCCCUUUCUGCACAGAUUCUUUAUUUUUAACUGUGUGAUUUCAAACUAAGGAAUAUUUGAGCAUAAAUGUUGGGUGCUUGAAAAAUCUAUAGGCCCCUUCAUAGUUAAUUCGAUACUCACAGUCAGAUGAAUUUAAUGUUUAUAAACAGAUAUGAACACCAAUUGCUUUCGUAUUAUACCAAAUUAAGGAAAGGGGAUAUUUAAAGUCACUACAUACUACACCAGUCACCAUACUGUGCAACAGUAUUGCUUGCUGGUGAUAUCCUGGAAACAGCAUCAAGUAUGGAAGGAUGGCUCUGUGGAGCAUGUAUCUUAUUGCAGACUGGAGCAGCUGCAAGCUUAAAUAAAUAUGUAUUGCAAAAA